AGCCGGAACAGGGCGGGGUUCCGAGCUUGGGCGGGAGGAGGAGCGUGGGCAGGACUAACCCCACGAAGUGCACGCCGGACACCGGCUUGCAACCAUGCUCCGCUGGACCCGAGCCUGGAUGCUCCCCCAUGGGGGGCUCGGCUUCUCCAGUCCUAGCUUCACGAGGGUGCCCGUCGCACCCAGCAGCAGCGGAGGCCGAGGGGGUGCCGAGCCGAGGCCGCUGCCGCUGUCCUACAGGCUUCUGGACGGGGAGGCAGCCCUCCCAGCCGUCGUCUUUCUGCACGGGCUUUUCGGCAGCAAAACUAACUUCAACUCCAUCGCUAAGGCCUUGGCCCAGCAGACAGGCCGGAGGGUGCUGACGGUGGAUGCUCGUAACCAUGGUGACAGCCCCCACAGCCCAGACAUGAGCUAUGAGAUCAUGAGCCAAGACCUGCAGGACCUCCUGCCCCAGCUGGGCCUGGCACCCUGUGUCAUCGUUGGCCACAGCAUGGGAGGGAAGACAGCCAUGCUGCUGGCACUACAGAGGCCAGAUCUGGUGGAACGCCUGAUUGCUGUAGAUAUCAGCCCAGUGGAAACCACAGGCAUCUCCAACUUUGCAACCUAUGUGACAGCCAUGAGGACCAUCAACAUCCCAGAUGAGCUGCCCCGCUCCCAUGCCCGAAAACUGGCUGAUGAACAGCUCAGUUCUGUUGUCCAGGACAUGGCCGUGCGGCAGUUCCUGCUCACUAACCUGGUGGAGGUAGAUGGGCGCUUCGUGUGGAGGGUGAACUUGAAUGCCCUGACCCAGCACCUAGACAAGAUCUUGGCCUUCCCACAGAGGCAGGAGUCUUACCUUGGGCCAACGCUCUUUCUCUGUGGUGGAAACUCCCAAUUCGUGCAUCCCAGCCACCACCCUGAGAUUAUGCGGCUCUUCCCUCGGGCCCAGAUGCAGACGGUGCCUAACGCUGGCCACUGGAUCCACGCUGACCGCCCACAGGACUUCAUAGCAGCCAUCCGAGGCUUCCUGGUCUGAGUUGCUGGCAAGAAGCGGGGCUGGCGCAGUGGCUCAUGCCUGUAAUCCCAGCACUUUGGGAGGCUGAGGCAGGAGGAUCACUUGAGGCCAGGAGUUCGAGACCUGCCUGGCCAACAUGGUGAAACUCCAUCUCUACUAAAAAUGCAAAAAUUAGCCUGGCAUGGUGGUGCACACCUAUAAUCCAAGCUACUCGGGAGGCUGAGACAGGGGAAUCACUUGAACCCAGGAGGCAGAGGUUGCAGUGAGCUGAGAUCAUGCCUCUGCACUCCAGCGUGGGCAAGCGAGCGAGGCUCUGUCUCAAAAAAAAAAAAAAAAAAACAGAGGAGGCACAAAACCCCAGGCUUCAAGUCCCUGCAGCCUGCUCCACAUUUGGGCACAGAAGGACUCAGACGGGCACUGAGUGGACACAGGUUUACAGGGGUGGUCAGACCUCAGGCUUUAAUGAAUAAAGACUACUCCCACA